UUCGCAAUCGAUUUAUUUAUAGUAGACGUAAACAAAACAAAUGUGUGAAUGACUUAUGCAUUGCAUUCAAUCAUUGGCUGAAAACUUAUCAAUCAAUCAAUCAAUGAUUUUUUAAUUGUAACCACCGAUGAACUGAUCCAUAGAUGAACUAAUCCAUUGAUGAACUGAUCCAUUGAUAAACUGAUCCAUUGAUGAACAGAUCCAUUGAUGAACUGAUCCAUUGAUGAACUGAUCCAUUGAUGAACUGAUCCAUUGAUGCCAACUGAUCCCAAACAACAACAACAACAACAACAACAACAACAAUGAGUUCAUUCAGUCUUAAGGCAAUUAUUAUAGCCAUAACCAGCGCUAUUAUCCUAGUUUUGUAUCCAAAUAUCUUGAAUUAUAACUUUAAUUUGUUGAACAACUUUCUGGUGGCCAAAGAUACUGAUGAACUGGUGGUCGGCAAUAGUGUCGCUAAAAAUUGUUUAGAAAUGGACGAAAUUUUGUUAACCCCGGAUGAAUUGGCCCGAUAUGACGGAUCCAGUGAUUCCCGUGGACUAUAUCUGGCAUUUUUGGGUAUCGUUUACGAUGUGUCCUCCGGUUCCCAACACUACAAACCGGGCGGCAGUUAUGCAUUUUUUGCCGGCAAAGACGCCACCCGAGCCUACAUUACCGGCGAUUUUAGCCAAGCGGGUCUUAGCGACGAUCUGACCAGUGGUGUCGAUGUCCAAAGUUUUGACGGCAUCCGGACAUGGAUUGAUUUGUAUGAAAAAGAUUAUCGUCGAGUGGGUAGACUUGUCGGCAGAUAUUAUGACCAGUUUGGCUGUCCGACCGAUGCCCGCCAAUGGGUUAGCCAACAGAUUCAUCGAUCGGAUCAGCUGAAAGAACAGGAACAAGAUUUGCUUCUAGUGUUCCCAUUGUGUAACUCGGAAUGGAGUGGUCAGACCAAUAGCGGCCGAGUUUGGUGCAGUCGCCAGAGUGGCGGUUACGAUCGCCAAUGGAUUGGUGUUCCCCGUCAGCUGUUUAUGACCGAUAAGAAACAGUAUAGAUGUGCCUGCGUUCGGGAUAGUGGACCGCCAACCGAACCGGCUAUUGUCUAUGAGGAGGAGGAGGACUCAUCAUCAUCGGUGGUGGCCAACAACGAUCAUAAUCAAAACGUCGGUGACCUGAAUAAUCCGCUAUUGAAAUCGUACGAUGGAUGCGAUCCCAAGUCAUCCGAGUGUAAAAUUAGUGAUUAAAUUAAUUAUUUUUUUUUUUAAAUAAAAACAUUUACCCCUAAAAAACAUCCCAACAAUACUCUUGUCAUUUAAAAAAAAACAAAAAAAACAUUGUUUUCAAAUACCGUAAUCAAAAAACUUCAUAAACAUAUUAAU